AUGUCGGGUCACGCCCACCAUACCACCAACACCGCGCACGCCGGCAGCGCCCCUCAUACCGGCGGCUACCCCGGCGCCUGGUCCUUUCCCGCCGCGGGCUUCAACCCCGUCGUCGGCGGCGCCAACAUCACCCACAGCUCCUCCUCGCCAAGCAUGAGCCGGUCCCUGCUCGGCGGCGGCAGCAGCAGCAGCAUGUUUCCCCUGCCAGGUAGCGGCCGGUACGGCGCGCGCACGGGAAACCCAUACGAGUCCUCGCUGGCCCGCCGCCGGCAGAUGAGCAGCCCGGCCUCGUCCGCCGCCCGCGACAGGCGAACCAACGGCCAGAGCCAGAGCGGCGAUCCCGAGCGCAAGAGAGUCGUUGUCGCUUGCUUGCGAUGCCGGAAACGAAAGAUUCGAUGCAGCGGAGACGACGGCACCGGCGGCUCUUGCAGCAACUGCAAAAACGCCAACGAGCCGCAGUGUCUAUUUAUGCGCGUCCAAGCGGGAUCCCUGGCUGAGAUGCGCAAAAAAGAGCAAGAGAAGCGCAUGGCCGUUGCCACCACGGCCACCACCUUCACCUACGACAUGGACACCUGCCGCCAGUACCAGUCGCGCGGCACCGCGUCCGUCGGACAUAACAUGUCUGCCGUGUCCCAAGCGACGCACGCGAGCAGCUACGGCGCGGCUACCGCGUUUGCCGGCGGCCCGAGCCAUGUCAUGUACAACUGGACGCCCGGCACCACGGCAGGGUACGGCGACAGCGCCAGCAGCAGCAGCAGCGGCCAUGCCACGAGCGGCACCAGCAGUGCAGGGACAGGCAUGACGUACGGCGGCAUGUCGUAUCACGGGAUUCCCUACCAUGGCAUGCCCAGCCCAGACACGAGCUACAUGGGUGAGAACGACUUGAUAGACAGACCGUCGACAUCCUCCAUGGCAGAUGCGGGCGCGUUUGCGCUGCAAAGCAUGUCGCAGGGCUUGCCGACGAGCGGCAGCAGCCCAUACGGGCACAACAACCAUGGCAUGGGCGCGACGUCGACGCCCCGCUCGCUGCCCGGGCCGCCGACGGUGCUGGGUUCCUCGCGGGGCGUACCGCCGUCGGCCGUCUUCUCGGCCUCUCGCAGCGGCGGCGGCAGCGGUGCGCCGCAGCAGUACCCGUCCCCGGCGACGACGCCGAUAACAAGCGGCGUGAGCCCCGUGUGGACCGGCUACGAGCAGUCGCCGUAUGCUAGUGCGGCGCCCAUGCAGCAGAGCAACAUGGCUGGGCAGUCGCUCGAGCGCUUGCCGGACAUGUACGCGGCGACGCCGUCGUCGGCCGGGGAGAGCGGCGGUGGCGGCGGUGGCGGCGGGGGUAGUAGCCCGCACGGCGAGGACGAGGGACCGGGCGGCGACGGCGGCCACCACCACCAGACGCAGCAACAGCAACACCACUUUGGGUACGACUACGGGGACAGUCGUGCGCACCCAGAGGGCGGCGGCGGCGGUGAGGAACACGCGGCCGCGGGCGUUGACGGGGUCAGCAACCACUCAACAGCGUCGGGAAGCUACUAA